AUGGACAAUGCGGAGCCAGGUCAGAUGUAUAACUUCGAUGAGCCACCCCCGGCCAAGCUGAGUUUGGAGUUUUUCUCAAUUGAGAAAAAAAUAGGAAAAGGUCAAUUCAGUGAAGUAUUCAAGGCAAAGUGCCAAUGGACUGAGCUUGAGGUGGCUCUCAAAAAGAUUCAGGUAACUCUUUUUCAGCAUUUUUAAUACAAUUAUGGCAAAAACCAAUUCCAGGUCUUUGAAAUGGUGGAUAAGAAAGCCCGUCAGGACUGUCUCAAGGAAAUUGAUCUUCUGAAACAGUUGAAUCAUGUCAAUGUGAUCAGGUAAGUAGAAGGUAUCUCUCGCCAUGUCAUCCAUCACGUGGUCUGUUCUUUUUAUAGAUAUCACGCAUCUUUCAUUGAUAACAACCAACUGAACAUUGUACUUGAGCUGGCCAACGCUGGGGACAUGAGCCGUAUGAUUAAGGUUAAAAAAGAAUGACAUUUGGCAUUGUGAACUAUGGCUUCUUUUUCAGCACUUCAAGAAGAGCGGGCAACUAAUUCCAGAGAGGACAAUCUGGAAAUACUUUGUUCAGUUGGCCAGAGCUCUGGCUCAUAUGCACUCGAAGAGAAUCAUGCACCGAGGUGCGAACAAAACCAAUUUGAUUAUCGAUAAGCUUGAAAAAAAUAUUGCAGAUAUCAAACCCGCAAACGUUUUUAUCACUGGCAAUGGUGUUGUGAAGCUUGGAGAUUUGGGACUCGGAAGAUUUUUCUCUUCGAAGACCACGGCUGCUCAUUCGCUCGUCGGCACUCCGUACUACAUGGUAAGAUAAACAAGAAUUCUGAAAACGUCCGUUUUUCUGAAGAUUUUUCGGCAUUUCUCUGUCAGACUGUUCUGGGAAGUUUGAAAAACAACUACAAGGACUGACAUUGAGAAAUGUACACAAAUUUUGUUCCAAAGAAAAAUCGAUAGAACAAAAACUGCAAAAAAAUAAGUAAAACUAUGUUUACCAUCGUUUUUAGUCGCCUGAGAGAAUUCAAGAAUCAGGCUACAACUUCAAAUCGGACUUGUGGUCAACUGGAUGUCUUCUCUACGAAAUGGCCGCUCUUCAGUCGCCGUUUUAUGGAGACAAAAUGAACUUGUACUCGUUGUGCAAAAAGAUUGAAAACUGCGAGUAUCCCCCACUUCCAGCUGAUAUUUACUCGUCCCAAGUAUGUUUGCAAACUGACUUUUGACCCAAAAAACACUACUUUCAGUUGCGCGAUCUUGUUUCCCGCUGCAUUCUGCCGGAAGCGUCAAAACGGCCAGAAACUAAUGAGGUUCUUGAAGUAUGUGUUCUUUUUUUGUUCCAUUCUUUCGAAUGAGUUGUGGUUUUAGGUCGCUGAACACAUGAACAACUACUUUUCGCCAUCCGGAGACCGCUCAACACCACAGCAAUUUUGA